ACACCACUGGAGCAGUAAUAAUAAAAACAAAACUAUUAUUUUCCAUUAUUAAGUUUAGUUCCUCGCCCAACACACACACAGAGAUGUCGGGGCCAUCACAACACAAGUAUCGUUACAAGAACCAGGGAUUAGAUUCUGCAGAAAUGCGGAGACGACGAGAAGAGGAAGGUGUACAACUUAGAAAACAGAAGAGAGAACAACAGUUGGCCAAACGAAGAAAUGUGAAUGAUCUUACAGAUGGUAUAGGUGACGAUGAAACUGUUGAUUCCUCUAUGAACCAGGAGAGUAAUCAGCAAGGUGGUGGUGGAGGUGGUAGCCUAAUAACUUCAGAAAUGGUCCAAGUUCUCUAUAGUGAUGAUCUUGAAGCUCAGCUUAAUGCCACACAAAAAUUCCGCAAACUACUGUCAAGGGAGCCCAAUCCUCCAAUAGAUGAAGUUAUUCAAACUGGAAUUGUCCCAAAAUUUGUUGAAUUUUUACAGAGGGAUGGACAUUGUACAUUACAGUUUGAAGCAGCCUGGGCACUAACCAAUAUAGCUUCUGGUACCAGCACACAGACUCGAAUUGUUAUAGAAGCUGGAGCAGUACCCAUUUUUAUACGCCUUCUAAGUUCUGAUUUUGAAGAUGUCCAAGAACAAGCUGUGUGGGCACUUGGUAAUAUUGCCGGCGAUUCACCUGAUUGCCGAGAUUAUGUCCUGUCAGAAAAUAUUCUAAUGCCUUUGUUACAACUUCUAAGCAAGUCCACUCGUCUCUCAAUGACUCGUAAUGCCGUCUGGGCCCUCAGCAAUCUAUGCAGGGGAAAGAACCCACCACCUGACUUCGCCCGUGUAUCCCCGUGUCUCCCAGUCUUGUCUCGACUUCUCUUCCAUAGUGAUGCUGAUGUAUUAGCCGAUGCUUGUUGGGCGCUUAGUUACCUAAGUGAUGGACCUAAUGAGAAAAUUCAGGCAGUCAUUGAUGCUGGAGUAUGUCGAAGACUUGUUGAACUUCUCAUGUUUAAUCAACAUAGUGUAGUGGCAGCAGCGUUAAGAGCAGUUGGCAAUAUUGUUACAGGCGAUGAUGUGCAAACACAGGUAAUUCUCAAUUGUUCAGCAUUGCCCUGUCUCUUACACCUCUUGUCAUCCCCAAAAGAAUCCAUCCGGAAAGAGGCAUGUUGGACCAUCUCCAAUAUUACUGCAGGCAACCGUGCUCAGAUCCAAGCAGUAAUAGAUGCCAACAUUUUCCCUGUGCUCAUUGAGAUUUUGGGCAAGGCUGAGUUUAAGACGAGGAAAGAAGCUGCUUGGGCCAUAACUAAUGCUACAUCAGGAGGAACGCCAGCACAGAUUAGAUAUCUUGUUGAACAUGGGUGCAUAUCUCCACUGUGUGACUUACUGACAGUGAUGGAUGCUAAAAUAGUUCAGGUAGCUCUGAAUGGCAUUCAGAACAUCCUUCAGCUCGGAGAACAAGAAGCCAAAACUACCUUUGGUGUUAACCCAUAUGCUGUGCUGGUUGAAGAAUGCUAUGAUAAAUCAUGACGAGACUUGAAAGUGGUGCAAGCAAGAGAUGUUAAAACUGAAGUGAAGUGGUAGUCAAGAGUUUGAAGGCUAUUAAGUUUUCAAGAACUAGAAAACACACUUGGCCCAAAGAGCAAUGAUGAAGAUAAAAACUCUAGAGGAAGUGAUACUUCAAUACUUAUGCCUAAACAUGAAGACCUUAAUCGACGUGAUUUUGCAACAGCGACAUGGAAGGAUGAUCCUGUGUAUAAAACAAACUCGGCUCUAAGUGGAUGAAGAUCUUCCACAACAUGAGUGAGAACUCACAACAAGUCCAAGUUUUAUUGAGACAUUUAAAUUGUUUACAGGCAAUACUAGCCAUAUACAAUAACUUCAACUUGUUGUUUUUCAAUUUCAAGUAACAUGCCAUGUUUUCCUUAUUGUCAAAAUUGAUUAAUCAGAAUGGAACAUCAGCAGAGUGUAGUAAGUUGAAAACCUGAAUACCAUCACAUCACUGUUUUAUUAUCACACACACAAAAGUGUUUACAUAGAAAUUGGCCAGUAGAAAAAUCUCGGCUACAAAUUUAAGUGAUGACUCUCUUGACUGAACUUGCUUCAGAAACUAAACCAUCUCAAGGGAGGGGGAACUUCCCUUGGCAUUUUGCUCUUGAUCUAAGGAAUUAGUUCGUCUCCUUCCUCGGAUUGAAUUUAAAUAACUCCCACUCAUCCCUUCCUUUCUCCAUUCAGCCUCCUUAUUUGGGAUAUCCCCUCCUUACCCCACGUGAAUUUCAGCUCCAUGACAGAGGAAAAAAGGAUUGCUGUCCUAUUCCAUUGUGGACCUCAGUGGUAGUGCUGUUUGCUAUGUGAAAUGGAUUAUCUGGGGUCAUGCAGGGUCUCCCUCCAGGGCCCAGGUUGGCAGUCAUGUGCCCUUGUGUGAUGGAAGUAUUCUAGGAUGGUGUCUGUUGAUUCUGGGAGGUGGCGGCCAAAGGGAUGUGAUCCUUGCCAUGUUACCGGCCACUUCCCUCUCUUGUUAAAAAUGGCUCAUUUGAUUUGGGAAGUGCCAGUCUAGAAUGCUGGAUUGCUAGUUUGAAAGGUAGGGUAGGGAGCAGUACCCGCAUCAAUAACUCCUCUGUUUUCAGCUAAAUUGCUUAGCAUUUCUUUCCACUGUGUGAAACUCCUGAUAAUUCUUAGCAUUUUCAUAACCAUUAAUCCUUUCAGGUGCUUUCCACUGGUUGAAUCCACUUUCCUACUCCAAUGAGGAUUGAUGGUCUGACCGGGAACAGAGACAACAACAGACACAAAAUGCUUGUGAGGGAUUCUAGCAUACUUGUGGCAGGUGUAGGAGACUCCAUGGAACGUGUUAAACAGCUUGUUCCAGGCUUUUCAAAGAAGGGUGUGGAAAAACUUGCUCAACUUCUUGACUUUCUCCGCCUCCAACUUUCGUCUCUUCCGUCUUUCAGCUCCAAUUGCUUCCUUCAUGAAGAAACAUUUCAUAGUCUUCUUACACAGUGCUCUGAAAUAAAGAAAUGGCACUUUUAGCAGGAACAAUAAAUUUCACAGAAUUUGUGGAAAAUUGUAGACUACCUCCCUAGUUUGUGCAGGAGAAUGGUCUUGCUGCUAGUUGGCACUAAGCAGUGGCACUGAGGUGUGGCACUGUAUUUUUACCUAAUAAUUUAUAUAGGUGGUUUAACAGUCGAGCCAUCCUAGUGCUUUCCUAUGAUAAUCACAGACAGAUCAUACAUCUGAAGAUUUUUUUUUUUUUUUUUUUUUUUUUUUUUUUUUUUUUUUUUUUUUUUUUUUUUUUUUUUUUUUUUUUUUUUUUUACUAUCCAAGGAUGGCUUUGUUUGACUUUAAUAGAAACUGCUCAAUGACACCUGCCUUCCAGUGGUGCCCAGGGCAUGUGCUGUACACCACUGACCAUACUAGAUUUGCUGGUUUACAUACAUGAAGGGUAGAGUAGGGGGCAGUAAUUAUGCACAUGUGGUUCUUUCUUGGUUUCUCUGGAGCUGCUCUUAUUUACCCCUCCCCCCCAACGUUUCCUUAAAAAAAAAAAGUCAAGGUAGUCAUAUUCGUGUUUUGUCUGAGCCCCAUUUCCCUGCAGCACACACAGCUGACCCAGGUACACUUCCAAGGACCUUUGGACUCUAACACUUUCAGGUAACAUCUUGUUUCCGAUUCUUGUGCAGGGAUCGGGCUUAUUCCAUAAUGGCGCAUCAGUUCAAAGUUUUAAAAUCGAUCAGACGUCCAGUGAUGAAUUGGCUCGAUUUGGCCAUUAUAUGUGUAAAAUACUGUCGCAUUUUUAUUCCUGUUAAAUUAUGUUAAAUAAAUUUAUUUUUACCUCUUC